UGUUCUUCGGUAAAUGGAGGAUUCCAAGCUUGCAACUGAAAACGCCUCUCAUGUGGGCAUUGACUAAACAGAUCUUUGUUGUAGUUUAAAAAAAGCUCCCUGGUCGAGCGAGUUUUUCAAGAUUUAUUUGUAAAAAAUAGCCAUUUUUUCUGAAAGUUAUGAGUAUUCAAAGUCAAAAAGAGUGAAAUGUUUGUUAGGCAUGCCAACGUGAAGGGAAAUAACUCAAAAGACAACAAAAUGACUUAGUCUGGCGUUCUACCGAUUAUGCAAAAAUCCUCGUACGAAAAAAAAAACCAAAAAGCGAAACCGGAAGUUGAAGUAUGUUGCGCAGUCGCUGUCAGUGCUUAGCUGUAAGGGAGCGGUUUGUAUGUAAACAAGGUGGAGGGAGAAAGGAAACAUUUAAAAAAAAAAAAAAAAGAAUUCUCUCCCACUCACAACCGACUUUCUUUCACGGAUGUUUAUAUUCUGUUUCACAAGUUUCAAAUCGAAACACGGACACACGUAUCUAUCAAACAGUGUGUGUUGUUGUGGAUGUGUUUUGUAGGGAUGCCUUCUAAACAGCAACUCGAUAAAGAAGCUUGGGGCUGGAUUGAGACCACUGACCCUGACCAAGUGACAUUGGAACAUGUGAAAUAUGCCUACCACAUUAACCUGGAGCCCUGCAAAUUGGGGAGUUGCAAAAUACUAUGGUUCCACAACCAACAAGUGAGAAAAGCUGUUUAUCAAUGGAGGAGUCGUGAAGAACAACCGCCCAACAGUCCCACAGAUUCUGAUUGGACACCUUCAACAAUUUGUGGUCAUUUACAAUUGAUAUUUGCCCUGUUACAGUUCAGUAAACAAAGGUACAUUGAUCCCAGUAACUUCAUCAAACAUCUUGGUCUUAACACAGCUCAGCAACAGGAUGCCCAAGAGUUCUCCAAGUUGUUCCUGUCUCUGUUGGAGGAAACGCUAAUGCAGAGUGACAAUCCGAACAUCAAGAACGUCAUAGAAGAGCAGUUCUCUGGAGAGUACGCCUACAUCACUUGUUGGUUGUUGCAGGAAGAGAAACUGGAAGGUGAUAACAAGUACAUGUGUUCGCAUUGCAAAACCAAACAGAAUGCUAUUCGUACCAUCCAGCUGCAGAAGUUACCCCCAGUUCUGAAUCUACAGUUGCUUCGGUUUGUUUUUGACAAACAAAACGGUCAGAAGAAGAAGCUAAAUAACUACAUCCAGUUCCCAGAGGUGCUUGAUAUGACGGAAUAUUUGAAAGAUUCCGGGGCAGAUGGAUCGAAGCCUGUUGUGUAUGAUUUAAGUGCCGUACUCAUCCACCGUGGCAUCAGUGCUUAUAGUGGCCACUACAUUGCUCACAUCAAGGACCGGACAAGCCAGGCUUGGUAUAAAUUCAAUGAUGAAGAGACGGAGCGUAUGCAAGGCCGGAACCUUCAUCUUGGCAAUGAGGAGGAGGUUCACAUCCAAGAAAGUAGCAGUUCCACCAAUAAAUCUAAAGCCCCACGAUUAACCAAGGGCUACCACUCGUCUCGGAAUGCUUACAUGUUGGUGUAUAUAAAACGGUUGUCUGAAGACAAGACAGCCAAUAGCUCAGAGUCUGAGAAAGUCAGUGAAGAAUUACUGCCCAAACAUGUACGAGACUAUGUUUUGAUGGACAACAAACGGUUCGAGAAUUGGAUCCAGGAAUUACUAAAUAUGAGGGACCAAAGUGUUGAGAUUGGACGAGAGAGACAAGAGGAAAUUAAAUAUGUAUAUUAUUCACUAGUGCCUAAAGGGAAUGUUCUAAAUAUGUUUGAAUGGCUCAGCUUAGAUUGGUUGUCUCGUUGGUUAACUGACCCUAUCAAAGCACCGUCCAUUAAUAACCAGAGUUUUCUCUGUUGUCACAGCAGGUAUUCUUUACUUGGCACCUUUUUCUCCUUGUCUGCUGCUGCUUUGUUUGCUAAAUUCAUGGGUGGCCCCCGGUUACUAGGGGAGGAGAGUCUGUGUAUGGUAUGUGUACAGAAACAGUGUCAUGUGAUGAGGAUGAAACAGAAGAUGGAGAAAGACAUGAAAUAUAUCACCAACAUUAUGAAAUAUAAUCACGACUCUGUCUUACAUUAUUUCAUUAUAUUGGCUAUGAAAGCCGUACACAGAUUGCGUGGUGACUGUCCGUCUGACAAUUCAAAUAAAUGGUCCGAAGAAACAGGUUUCAACAAUGACCUUCUCUGUACCCCACACAGAGCUCUUAAUCCCGAAGUUAACUGUCGCCGUCUGGUUCCACGAGAUGUCUGGGAAAUUCUCCGUUCCUAUUUUCCAAAGUGUCCUGAAUUCCAGCGAGAUGUUGCUGUAUGUGCCAAAUGUGUGCUCCAAAGUCAAGUGGAACAACAGAAUAUAGACCAAAAGAAAGAAUGGGCUCUGCAACAGAAGGCCGCCCUUCCUGAUCUUUACCAUGACCGAAACCGACCGAAUGUGCGAAACAUUAAAAGCCACGUCCAUGUAGUUGGUGUAAACUUUGUCGAGGAAUGGCGCCGGGCUGUGAAAGAUCCUAUACGACGCAGUCCAGUGAUCACAGUUAGAAACUCAGCUCUGAUUUGCGUCCACGGCGGGAUGUUGUAUGAACCAGAUCUCAAUGCUGUAGCCCUUGCCAGUCAGUGUAUCACCUACCUGUGGCCAGAGGAGUGGACAUUCAUUGAGGCCAGCUGUACAGUUGAUAUAGAGAUUACUGUCCAUAAGCAAUCAGCUCAGCCUGAUGAUGGACAGCCAGUCUUUGUCUGUAAACCUGCGGUAUGUCAGGACUGUUUCCUGUCCCGACUACAGCAGGAAGAACAGCAACGCUUUGAGUACACCGGGGCCAAGAUCUACGUCCGGAAGGUGUUGAAGGACUGGCAACAGCUGAAAACCACCAUGGGUUACACUAACCUCUGUACCACCACCACCACUCCCAAUGCCACACCAACAGUGGCAGCAGCAUUAGCAGCAAGAUCUGUUGAUGAUUCUGAUCCAAAGGACCUUGACUUUCAGGCUGGAGGUAAGCGUCUCAAAGUUGCCCCAUCAACGGAUGUGACCACCACCAACACCACCACCAUCACUAAUUCUACUGCGAGCAACACUACAGCUACCACCACCAAUAACAUUGUUAACAGUAUGGGCGCCACUACUACCACCACCACCACCACAACAACAAAUACUACUGCUAACACAAGUACCACUACCACUACUACUGCUACAGAAGCAACAGUGAUUACUACUACUACUACUGCUACUACUACUACUAGUAGUACAUCAGUACCAGGUGCAUCGUUAUUGUCAUCGUCAUCAUCAUUAUCAUCGUCUUUGUCUUCAUCAACUUCUUUGUCAUCAUCGUUGCCAGCUGGAGAUGGUGCCAAGCUUACGACAUCGGUGGAUAAUUCUGUCCGACGGAGCCAUCGUCAUCGCAGAAUGCGGGGUGAGAAAGAGGUGGUCGUCUCGUCCACGGACACACUGAGAGACUUGAAGCUUCAGAUCAUGAAACUGUUUUCUGUGCCUCCGUUUGAUCAGAACCUUCAUUUCAAUGGGACCUGUCUACUGGACGAAACAGCCACCCUAGGUCAACUAAGGAUAUCACCUGGUUGUUUAAUAUUUCUCAAGGCUGAUGAACCAUCUGAAGACCCCAUGGUUGUUGAAGAAAUCUUAACAACCUCAAACUACGGAGAAGAAGGUUUCAAAGGAACUGGCUUGUUGAGUGGAUAACUCCUGCUGCUGUUGGUUAAUUCUCCUGCUUUCCCCACAAUUGGACACUGUCGUCGUAUAUAAACUAUAAACUUCACACAACAACUUUGGAGACUCCCAAGGCGAUGGAUGUAUCACAACUCCCUUCACCGCCCUUGCCCCGCCCCUUCCUCUGGCACUGGCACUACCACCACCACUACCACUACCACCACUCUCCAUUGUGACAUAUCUCACUACCCCCCAUUCUCCCCUGCCACGGGACCUUGUGGCAUUACAUAGAAUCCAUGCAGCAGUCAGUGGAGUUUUUCUUUUUUUUUUUUUUUUUCCAAUUUACUCAGAACUGCAUUACAGCCACUACAUCACAAAAUUAUUCCAUCGUAAUCACAGCCGCUAAUAAUACAUAUGUCAUUGCUGUUACAUGUUACAUUACACUGCACUACAUCGCAGACGUCACACUCCACCACAAGGACAAGACACCUCGCCAAACCACGUUACAGUUGUGACCACCACUCUCAAAUCCCAAUCCCUUGAUCACACUACGCUUCAAGCUAGCACAACAUGCUGCUAGAUACAUGCAACCACUUGAACUGAUGGUGCAACCAGUUGCACUAAGCUGCUAUGUGACUAAAGACCUACCAAGUAGUCGGUCCAAAUUGUCAGGAUCAACCACCACCACCUUGUUCCUACCACAAAGAGCUGUUGAAACUUCUUUCUGCUGUUUUUUUUUUUUUUUU